AUAAUGUGCCGGUGUGCACAUGAAAUGACUACGGUCUGAAGUUAUCAGAUGCAAUGUAACACAUUUAGUCCAGUUGUUGUUCGGGUCAGCGACUUGUAAAAGUUGUAAUUGCGAUUUGCGGGGGCGCUAACUUGUGGGAUUAGUUUGCACGCAGCCCGACAGCGGAGGCUGACUUCGGUGGGAUGGGCUGUGAGGUGUUCAAGAUGGCGGCGCCCUGUGGAGUGCUGCUGCUCUAACAGAGGUGCCUGGAGACUGUGUUGGUGGGUGGCCCCAGGAGUCCUCCAGGCAGGCAGGGACGGACACGGCGAGAGCGACGCGGCCUCCCCCUCCAGCACUGUCACCACCAUGGCCAGGGAGCAGCCCAACGUGGGGGACCUCCUCCCGCUCCUUGAGACCUCCGACCUCCACCAGCUAGAAGAGAUCCGAGGCGUCAUCAACGAGCAUCUCAGCACUGAGCGAGGGUCCAUGCUGCUGAACGGGCUGGUGGACUACUUUUUGGAAACAAACUCUGCCCAGGCCAUGCAUAUCCUCUCCUCAGUCAGAGAGCCACACGAUAAGCACCUUCUGGACAAGAUGAAUGAGUGUAUGACCAAACAGGCCUGCCGCCUGCCCACCCUCACCCUGCUCGGCCACGUAAUCCGCAAGCAGCCGUCCUGGAUCCACAAGAUCGCUCGCUACCCUCUGCUGCUCUCGCUGCUCAAAUGCCUGAAGACGGACACGGACGUUGUGGUGCUGAUAACUGGAGUGCUGGUGCUGAUCACUCUGCUACCCAUGAUCCCUCAGGCUGGGAAACAACACCUGUGGGAGUAUUUUGAGAUCUUUGGCCGCCUGGCAUCUUGGAACCUAAAGCAUCCCGGGCACGUUUCCGAGGUCUACCUAAUCCACCUGCACGCCAGCGUCUACUCCCUCUUCCACCGACUCUACGGCAUGUAUCCUUGCAACUUUGUGUCCUACCUGCGCUCCCAUUACAGCAUGAAGGACAACAUGGAAACCUUUGAGGAAGUAGUGAAGCCGAUGCUGGAACACGUUCGUAUUCACCCAGAGCUGGUGACAGGAACCAAGGACCAUGAGCUCGACCCCACCAGGUGGAAAAAAUAUGAGAUCCACGAUAUCGUCAUUGAAUGUGCCAAAGUGUCUCUAGACCCCAAGGAGGCCUCCUGUGAGGAGGGCUACGCUACCAUGCCUGAGAACUUUUACCCCCAGAUCCACCUGCGACCACAAGACUGCACUUCCAGCCCCUACACUGACCUCCACAGCAGCUACGGAAGCUCUUCUUCGACCCCGUUCUCGACUCCGCGGCAGCCGCUGCCCCCGCCCCUGUCUUUGCCCCCCUUCUCAGGGACCCAGUCCUCCUCCCGCAGCCCACAGACCUCCAGACGUCAGAACUCCAACUGUGAACUCAACUCUUCCUGUGGGGGGAAGGACUCUCUGUGGAGCCCCUCCUCGUUGUGUGGCAUGGCCACGCCCCCUUCCUCCAGGGGCAUGUCGCCCAACUUGGAGCUCUCCCACAGUGCCUCACACCUUUCCAGCCGCUUCCACUGCACAUCAGGAGGAAAAGGAACGCCUGCCUCCAGCACUCCAGCCACCUCGUCCCCACCUCCCACCCUAUCAGAUGACUUCCCCAUUAUCUCCUUACCAGCCAACACAGUCCAGUCCAGUCCACCAAGAAAGGACCGUCGACCAGGAGACAGCAGUAAGCCUGCGCUGGUGAGACAGGAACCAGUAAAAGAGACGGAGAAGAGUGCAGAAGCAGCCACACACAGAGAUGCCGGAGCUGGCGAGAACGUCUCCAUGACUUUGACGGAGCUGUCGGUCUUCAUGAAGAAACAUGAGCUGGAGCUUCAGCUGAGAACAGAGAAAGAGAGAGAAGAGGCCGCCAUCACAGAGGAGCUGCUGAAGAUCACGGAGGAGCCGCUGGAGCUGUCGGGUCUGAGGGGCUUCGACUCGCCUUUCUACCACACCACUGAGACUCUGACCGGCUGUCAGGCACAAGACAAGACCCUGGUCAACACCCAGCCUGGAGGCCCCGUCGGGGACCCCCACCACGCUGAAUCAACGCCGGACAAAGGGGAGACGACCGUGAAUACGAGCAGCGUUGGAAGUGACCGAGGAGGAGCGGGAGACAGCCGGACCUCAGCCCUCGGACUAGAGCAGUCCUGGUCCUUCCAGUCGUGUUUCACCCCCAUCGACCACCACCUGCACCGGAGCCCCUCCGCCCCAGACGACGAGGUGACCAAGUUUGGGAUGUUCUCCCCGAGCCCGUGCAGCGGCAAGACCCCGGCCCGGGUGCCCUACGAGUCGUUCUUCGACCUGGCUCUGCCCAGGGCGGCCUCGCUCUUCGUGGGCCAGAAGACGUCGGAGGCGGUGCACAAGGCGACGCUGGAGAGGCUGCUGCAGCAGCAGGAGGAGGGGCUGGAGGACGGGGAGGAGGAAGGGGUGGUGUCCGCUUCCCCCCUGGAGGUGCUGGAUCGCCUUGUUCAGCAGGGGAGCGACACCCACGAUAAAGUCCUCAAGAGAUUGCCUUUGCCAAGUAAGUCAGCUGACUGGACGCACUUUGGAGGCCCCCCAGGCUCGGCGCCGCUGGACGAGCUUCACACGCUGCGCAGCCAGCUGCUCCUGAUGCACAACCAGCUGCUGUACGAGCGCUACAAGAGGGAGCAGCACGCCGUCCGCAACCGACGCCUCCUCCGACGCAUCAUCAACGCCACCGCGCUGGAGGAGCAGAACAACGCUAUGAAGGACCAGCUGAACCUGCAGAGUGUGGACAUCGUGUCUCUGAGGGAGAGUCUGCAGGUGGAGCAGCAGCGGUACAGGCAGCUGUGGGAUGACCGGGAGACAGUGGUGACCAGGCUGCACAGUCAGAUCAGACAGCUGCAGCAGGGCCGGGACGACUACUACACCAAGAACCAGGAGCUUCAGAGCAAAGUCCAGGAGUGUCAGAAAAGGAUGGACGAACUGGAGGCGGAACUUCAGAGGGCCAACAACAAAGUCUGCCACACGGGUCACCUCCUCAACCAGAUGGCUAUCAAGCUGAGCAACAGCGAGAGCACCCAGCAGCAGAUGAGCUUCCUGAACAAGCAGCUGCUGCUCCUCGGGGAGGCACAUAAGCUGUCCACGCAGGAGUUACACCACACAGGCGCCGAUAAUGCAAAGUUGCCUGCCACCACCCAGGAGGCCCAGAUGCUGAAGUUGUCUUAUGGCAAAGAGGUGGAGACGCUGAGGCAGAGCCUGCUGGUUCAGGGUCAGAAACUAGAGGCGGCGCAGCAGAGAGUCGCCGAGCUGGAGACGCACCUCUCCAAGAAGGAACACCUCAUCGCAGAGCAGAAGAAGUUCCUCGAGGAUGUGAAAUGUCAAGCAAAGGCGGAGCUGCAGGCCUCUGACAGCAGGUAUCAGGCUCAGAGGAGAAUCACUCAGCUGCUGCAGACCGAACUCCUGCAGCUCUACAGCCGCGUGGAGAUGGAGGCUCCAGUCACUACCUCCACCUUUUCACCACCAGGGGGCAGAGCUGACCCACACACUCACGAUGACAGCAGCGUCAUGGUGCCAGAUGGACAAAGUAAACCUCACACCAACAAGGAGGUGGACAGUAGACUCCCACCACACGACAACGGCAGCACUUUAUCGCCACGGCAACCAAAGGCGAGCAACUCUUCCAAGACGACGGCCAAAUCCGUCAACGGCAGCCAGGACCUGGCCCCGCCCCUGCUGGUGGAGCCCUCCCCGUCCUGUUCCUACGGCAACUCCCUCGCACCCCUGCCGGCCUCCGACGCUCCGCUCACCGUGGGCUCCUACCCGAGCGCGAAGAGCUUCCUGGGCAUGAGGGCUCGCGAGCUGUUCCGCAAUAAGAGUGAGAGCCAGUGUGACGAGGAACAGCCGCAGGCACGCCUGGCGGGCCUUGCCCACGGCCUGAAGACUGAGCUGUGCGUGGAGCCGCCUUGCCCAGGUUAUAUCGCCCCCGUUGGCCCUGCACCUUCCCCCGUCCCGACUCCGCCCCCAGCCCCAGCCCCAGCCCCUGGCCCUGCCCACGCCCCAGCCCCUGGCCCUGCCCACGCCACUCCUCUCACUGUGCCCACCAAGGAGACCCCCUCUGAGCCCAAGCAACGGGCCUCCAGCCAGGAAAGCCCCCGCAGGAAGGCGGGGUCAGGUGGAGGGCGGGGUCAGGCGAGUUCAGGGCGCCCCCGGCAGCAGCAGCUAAAGAUCAUGGACUAUAACGAAACCCAUCACGAGCACAGUUAGAGACGCAGGACUGAGCCGGGACGCAGGGCGGACGUCGAGAGACUGGAGUUUAAUGAUGAAGAGCUACAAAUCAGCAAAAGAGUAACACGUCAGCAACUCUUUGGAAUUCAGUGUUAUUUGUUCCAUUCCUCUGAGUGGACAACAGGAUUUCCCAAAAAUGUUUACCUUUUUUUAAUUUUUUUAUUUAUUCUGAGUCAUUCCCAUGAAGAGUUUUGACAGUGUGACAGGAAUACAAAGUCAAUGUGUUGUUACCAGUGGAGAUGCUAGUCUUAAUAUUUUUGGAUAUGAGACAAAAACGCUCAAAGAUAUGCCAACAGGAUGUGAUUGAAGUUAUCAAGAACUUGCAUGCGAGUCUGAUGUUUAAAGAGUCAGUUCACCCAAAACACAAAAAGCCCACUUGGCUCCAGUUGUGUCAGCCAUGCAAAUAGUUUAAUUAAUUAAAUUAGCCCAAACUUUUUGUCUUUGAGAUUUCUGCCUCCAAAGCCAAAACAAUGGAAGUAAAUGGAAUUUGGUUUGGGGCGCCCCCAGCAUUGAAAGAUCACAUUUAAAAAAAAAAAAAAAAAAA